AGUGUAGUGUUUGGCUGACAAGAGGGCAGUGGGGGCGAGUGUGGAUUCAGGAUAAUUUCAAACAGAAUAUUAAAAUAAAGGCGCGAAGUAGACUAGAAGUCAGAGUAUGAAUCAGGGAGCGAAAAGAGGAAGGACAAGCAGCCUAGGGCAGAGGGAAAAGUUAUUAAAAGAAAGACAUGUUUCAGGAACAAUCAGGCGCUGCUGCUGCCGCCUAAAAAAAGUGAAGCCAAGGAAGCUUGUGGGAUUUGUAGUUUUACUGAGGCAUUAGGUUGGAAGAUGGCGGAAAUAAGUUGCGCAGACGCAGACGCGGCAUCCACCUGCGCAUGCGUCUCGGUUGGGCCCUCGCCGCGAGGGGGUGGAGCUUGUGCGCGUCGUCGCGCCUUUUCUUGUUGGCGGGAAAGCUGGGUCGAAGUUGGAGGCGCUUGCUUGUUCUCUGCGAUAACUCACUUCUCCCCUCGCGUUUUUAUCCUUCUUGCUACAGAAGGCAGCUGUUUCUUCUCCGGUUGCAGUCGAAGAGGUGAAGAAAGUGUAGUUUCUGAGCUGAAUGAUGACAACAUUGCAGAAUAAAGAAUGUGGAAAGGGAUCAAAGAAAACCUUUGCCCCACCUGCACAAAAAAAGCAUAGCUUGGUACUUUGUAGCCCUAAUGCAGCCAAGGAGGAGACCCUGGGUAUCAGUUUUCCAGGGACAGAGGGCAGGCUAGAGAAGAAGGAUAAAGCAACUACAGAGAAUGGUCCAAGCAAUGACCAGGAGAAAAAAGGAAAGACUGAAGACAACAAGCAAGCACAGAAGAAAGAAAAGGAAAAAUCAAGUCUUACCAAUGCAGAAUUUGAGGAGAUUGUCCAGAUUGUGCUACAGAAGUCCCUCCAGGAGUGCUUGGGGAUGGGAUCUUCCCUUGAUUUUGUAGAGACUUCUUAUGCCCAGCCUGUAACACAUACCCCAUCAGACAAGCAACCUGGAAUCACUUCUGCUACUGAUAAGGAUAAUGCUGAUGAAGAGAGGAUAAUGGUGCAUAAUUCUCCAGAGAUUUUGGUCUCUCAGGAAGAUAAAGUUGUCUCUGAGAUAAAGACAUCUAAGCCAGGCCAGCCAGACCCUACAGCCGUUGUGAAGAAAUUCAAUAGACUUUCCUUAAGCAAAAGAAAUAAAGAAGCUCAAAAUGAGAAAAUGGAGAAAGCCCAAGGUGGACAUGAGCAUAAACAAAAAGAUCAAUCAAAGAAAAUGGUUCACAGUCAUUCUCAGAUCAGACACCAGCAAAAAGGAAAGAAAAGUGGUUUUGGUCUGUAUCAAGUCUGGGUCCAGUGUUCCUUUCCAAACUGUGAGAAAUGGAGGCGGCUGCCUGGGAACAUUGACCCUUCAGUUCUCCCAAAUAAUUGGUCCUGUGAUCAGAAUACAGACUUGGAAUAUAAUCACUGUGAUAUUCCUGAGGAGACCUGGAUAGGGCACGAGAGUGAUGUGGCCUAUGCCUCCUACGUCCCAGGAUCCAUCAUCUGGGCCAAGCAGUAUGGUUAUCCUUGGUGGCCAGGCAUAAUAGAAUCUGAUCCUGACCUGGGAGAAUAUUUUCUUUUUGCUUCUCACCUCGAUUCACUGCCGUCUAAGUACCACGUGACAUUUUUUGGAGAAACAGUUUCUCGUGCUUGGAUUCCAGUCACCAUGCUAAAGAACUUCCAGGAGCUGUCCCUGGAGUUAGCCAGAGUGAAAAAGUACAGAAACAAGGAAUGUUGCCACAAACUGGGGGCAGCCUUAAUGAUGGCUCAAGAGGCAGAACAGAUCAGCAUUCAGGAGCGGGUUAAUUUAUUUGGUUUCCGGAGUCGAUACAACAGAUCUGACUGUAGUGAGGAAGGAAAAGAUUUAAUGCUCUCUGGGGAUAACAAGCCAGAUUCCUGCUUGGAGAAAGAGGAAGAGGAGUCAGUGAAGGAGAAGGAGGAAAAAAAGAAAGAGAAAAAAGACCCAGUUUUGCCCCAUCCCAAACCAGCCAAAAGACAGACCAAAAAACCCAAGCAAAAGAGAAUUAAAUAAAUUUCCUUCAUGAUUGGGGUUGAUUCAGGCAUGGCAGAUGGACAAGAUGGGAUCCUGCAAGGGAAGAUGAUGAAGAGAUCUCUGGACAGUGAAUCUGCAGCUCCUAUACCCAUAAAAAGAAGGAACAAAGGACAAGGAAAUUCAGAUUCUGACCAGCCAGGCCCUAAGAAAAAAUUUAAAGCUCCCCAAAGCAAGGCCUCAGCAACAAGCUUAUCGGAGAAAAAAGAAAUGAGAAUGGUAGCAAAGGACCUGACCCUACCAGCGUGUCACAGAGCCUGUCCCUCAGGUGGGAAUGAAGUGCCUAGACCCAAGGAACCACUGACUCAGGAGGCUGGAAGUGUCCCCACUGAAGAUGAAGCCUCCAGUGACCUGGACCUGGACCAACUCAUGGAAGAUGUUGGGAGAGAGCUGGAACAGAGAGAGGAGCUGAAGCACAGAGAUGAUGAAGAGGAGUUUGCGGUGGCCUUCUUUGAGGAAUAAUUAAUGCCUGUGCCAUUUCUGUUCUCACUCCCCUUCUCCGGAGUGCAGGAGGGAAAAACUAUAAGUAAGGUACCUGAGAAGUUGAUAAGUAUUGUUAAGUGGCAAUGAGACUCAAGUCAGAGUUAUGAAGUUUACGAGUUAAUAAAGCAAGUUACU